GGUUCCGCCGCUCUCUGUGCCCGCUGGAACUCGCCCGGUCCGGCGGGCAGGGACUGGCUGCAUGGGGCCGCCCGAGGAGGUACAAUGCCGGCUGGCGCGGUGUGGACAGAGCCACCUGCUGCGGUUUUGGGCCGAGCUGGGCCCGGCGCAACGCGGGGCGCUGCUGGCCGCGGUACCGCCGGGACUGGCCGAGCACUGCCGGAUGGCGGCGGCGGCUGGGGCCCGCCAGCGGGAGCCGCCGGAGCGGCUGGACGGCCGGAUGGAGCCGCUCCCUACCCGGCUGCUGGGCAGCGCCCGUCGCAGCGGCCCCGCUGCGCUGGAGCGCUGGGAAGCGGAAGGCUUGCAUCAGAUCUCGCAGAACAAGGUGGCAGUGCUGCUCCUGGCUGGAGGACAAGGAACUCGCCUGGGAGUGAGCUAUCCCAAGGGCAUGUACAACGUAGGAUUGCCCAGUGGCAAGACCUUAUAUCAGAUCCAAGCAGAAAGAAUCCACAAAGUGGAGCAGCUCGCUGGCCAGAGACACCAUUGCAAGUGUGCCAUCCCCUGGUACAUCAUGACAAGCGAGUUCACACUGGGGCCGACAGAGGAAUUCUUUGUAGAACACAACUACUUCAACCUGGAUAGAUCCAACGUGGUCAUGUUUGAACAGAGAAUGCUGCCCGCUGUCACCUUUGAUGGGAAGGCCAUCUUGGAGGAGAAGGGGAAAAUUGCCAUGGCUCCAGAUGGCAAUGGUGGCUUAUACCGUGCUUUGGUGGACAAUAAGAUUUUAGAUGACAUGAAGCAGCGUGGAAUCCAGUAUGUCCAUGUAUACUGUGUGGACAAUAUCCUCGUGAAAAUGGCAGAUCCAGUCUUCAUAGGCUUCUGUGUUUCCAAAGGGGCAGAUUGCGGUGCAAAGGUGGUGGAGAAGGCCUACCCCACAGAGCCUGUUGGGGUGGUGUGCUGUGUGGAUGGGGUCUACCAAGUGGUUGAGUACAGUGAGAUCAGCCUGGAGACCGCACAGCAGCAGAGCCCCGAUGGGGGACUGAUGUACAACACUGGUAAUAUCUGCAACCACUUCUUCACAGUUGAGUUCCUGGAAACAGUGGCCCAGAAAUAUGAGCCGCAGCUGAAGCAUCAUGUAGCCAUAAAGAAAGUGCCCUACAUUGACGAGGAGGGAAAUCUGGUAAAACCACUAAAACCGAACGGGAUAAAGCUGGAGAAGUUUGUAUUUGAUGUGUUCCAGUUCUCUAAGAAUUUUGUGGCAUUCGAAGUUUUGAGAGAAGAAGAGUUCUCACCACUAAAAAAUGCAGACACAGCUGACAAAGACACUCCCACCACUGCACGGCAAGCUCUCCUGGCCCAGCAUUACCGCUGGGCUCUCAAGGCUGGGGCCAGGUUUCUGGAUGAAAAUGGUUGCAGGAUACCAGAGAAACUCAGUCUCUCAGGAACUGAAGAUGCUCCAGCUGUGUGUGAGAUUUCUCCGUUAGUGUCUUACUUUGGAGAGGGUCUGGAGGCGUACAUGAAGAACAAAGACUUCCAAUCUCCCUUUGUACUCGAUGAAAACAAAGCAGAAAUUCUUGAAAAGGGGGGAGGCCUUUCUCUCAAAUAAGAUACUGUCUGUCAGAUCCAUUGUAAGAACUGACAUUACUAAAAUAUCAGCUAUGAAGUGCAUUAUAAGAAACAUUGCUUUGCAGUAUCGAUCGAUGCCAAAUCCUUGCAGCAAUUGUGUUUGCACACACAUGUGUGCUCACCAGUUCUGUUUGGUAACUUUGAAGUCUGUGCCUUUUACCUCAGUCUGUUUUGUAGACUUGGAUGUGAAUGAAGAUUAAUACCUUCUGGGUACCAAACACAUUUUAUAUUUUUUAUUUGCUGUGCAUACAAAUAUGUCAAAGAGACAGUCAGGGUCUAAUAAAUCAGCUUUGCAUUCAAGAAGAUUAAAUCACUUCAGUGCCUUGUUAGGGAUCUUGUUUGUACUGGUGAGGUUGGUGGUUUCUGAUAUUGUUUCAUUUCCUUAAUUUGUGUGCACAUGUGAAGAAUCAAUUUGAGGCCCCAUACUGAAAAGUAUGGAAUGACUUUGUUUACUGGGGCCUUUCUUUCCAAAGAUCCAUCUUUCCUCUAACGCUGUGCUGGUUAGAAGAUCCAGUUCAGCAAUUGCAUCUUCUAACCAGAUCACACAGAGUCUGCAGUAGGUAGGGAUGCUGCUGUGCGUAAGUGUUGCUUGAGGUUUGGACUCCAAAGCAGAUCAGAGUAGUAUGCAUAUCUAGGUUUGCUGGUGCCAUUCCAAGAAAACAUAUGGAAAUAUGCAGCUUUGGCUGAUUGCUCUUUACAGCUGUUGUUUCUUUAUUGAAAAGAAGAUGAUUAUUUUUUUCCACAGCAAUCCUCUGCUCUUCCUGUCUAUAACAAACGGUUUACUUUUCAUUUUUCUGUUUAAUGUGUUCCAUAUCCCUCAAAAGGGACUCUUUUAAAGUACCUGAAAGCAAUAAGAGGCACAAAUCCUGAUGGUAGAAUUUAAUGUUUAACCAAAACAAACAAAUGAAAAAGACUCAAUCCUUGUAUGACCACUGCACAAGGUAAAACACCGGGCUCUCCUUCUACAGUUUCUGGGUAUCCUUUAGAUGCCUUCCUUUUAAAUACAUUACUAACCAUAAUGUAGAGAUAAGUGUCAUCUAAUUAAGGACACUAAUUGUCAGAACAUAUGUAGCAUGUGAACUCGGCCCUGGCCAAGGGAUCCCAGGGUGACCAUGAGCCACAAAUGAUUGUUCCUGUUCAGCCUUCGGGCACUGCCCCAGCAAGCUUGUGCCAGGCAAGCACUUGGCUGCUGCAGAACCUGCACAGAACACACUAGAGUGGUUUCACCCUCCUGAGAAUGCUUCAGGUGUGCUUCUGGGUGGCCUUUGCUUGAAGAGCACUUUAUACUUCUUCCCUAAAUCAGGUUUAAAGGAAGGUGGGGAGGAAGACGCCUCAUUUGGAAUGUUGUUAUUUCAUACAUCUGCUUCUACUGAGGAAUUGCUGAUGCUGUUUUAUUAAGCAUAAAUUUUUUAAAUAACUUAUGUGGCUUUCUGUGAUUCCUGAUGUGAAGCUGUAUUCAGAAUGUUGAAGUAUAAAAAUGGCUUUGAGAGUAAAUACAGUUUGUAAUUAGGCUCAUGUUAUCCAAAGAAAGUUUUCCAGUAUAAGGUGUAUCUAUAUGCACAGAAGUAAUGAGCCUUUUGCAUGUGCAAACCAGCUCAUGACAGUUUUGAUUACCUCAGUUUGCUGUGCAUCCAUAAUUCUCAUUUUCAGUAUAAAUUAAGCAUUUGUCUGUGAUGCUCAAUUCUGUAUUUUUUUCCUCACAGUGUUUCUAUGGGUCAUUCCAUUCCUGUCAGUCAAGUUUUGUAUCUGUGCCCUAUUUUUGGCUGGAAUAGAGUUAAUUUUCUUCCUAGUAGACUCUAUGCCAGCUGAAACCAGGACAAUCUGCCAACAAAUUGUGUUGCAUCUUUGUGAGUAUUGCUUGUUGAUUCAGGCACACGCUCCUUUCAAGUUGCACUGUGCUAUGAAGAAAGCAUAUUUCUUUUGCUCUUUCUAAAGUGCUUUCUUUUGAGACUUCAGUUCCCAUGGGCUUUAAUCAUGUGUACACUGAGCUGUUGACUGGUUUUAGAGAUUGUAUUUGAGGAGAAGCUGAAUUAGAAUGCCUUGUCUGUUGGGGUUUUUUUCUACAACUCCUCACAUUUUAAACUGGAACAUAGAAAGAAUUCUGAGAGAACUUAAAAAAAAAAAAAAAAAGAAAAAUAGUAUCUGUCCUGUAUGUAGCAAAGUAAUUCUAAUAUGCAUUAUGAAAUGAAAAAAGUACCUGAAACAAAGGGAGGCCCCUUAGUACUCCAGAAACUUUUGGACACCUAAGCAUUUUUAUAAUAAAGUUGUUACUGUGA